UGUCGCGAGGCCGUUUGUUUCUCAGAAAUAGCAGCAGACUACGCGUUGGAUUGGAAACAAGGGCGAACGGAAGUCGGGUUCGCGCAAACAAAAGGACACAGCCGAACUAAAGGAGGCUACGAUUAUACGUAAAGGAAACAGCGCCGUUGACUUCAUGAAAUCUGCGACUGUGACAAAGCGAUGAAACAAGCCAAGCAGUCGGAUGAAUGGCCAGAAGGUCACCCUUCUAACCAGGCUACGGAAGAAACUGCGCGACUUGUCGCUGAAGCAGCCCCUGGCCACAGCGGUUUGACAGGAAUUUAUCAACAACGUUCGCGAAGUCGGUAUAAUUUCUACACAGAACAAUCGCAGAGCGAGGCGACUGAUGCGCUAGCCCCACAGUCAUCACUGGCUGAAAUUCCUUCCAGUAAUGUUUUGCUAGUGGUAAUGUUACUCGUAGUUCUCGGCUAGAGGCUAUUGUAGAUGCCGAAAAUCAAGAAAGACCGAUGACUGCCGAGACUCCUCAGUGGAGGCCGCCGGUGCUCACAGCACAAGGCGGCGCAAAAGCCUUAGAUACUUACGAUGACACACAAUAUGCGACUGCGGUUACCACGAUCAUUGGAAUGACGUCCGAAAGAACUCCUGCGGCGAAUCUAUUGCACGAAUCGUAUGCAGAUGUCCGUGACCCUGUUACGCCAAGAGUGAGGCGCCAAAGAGAGUUCACCCUUCCGCAUGGAGCUCAACCGUACCCACAGGGGGUCCGUCAGCGACCAAACACUGCCGUGUGUUUCACAGCUACUGCCCGGAACAUCCCUGCAAUGAUCCUUCCAGGCCAGAACCCAACACCUCCUCUUGUUCCUCAAUCUGUAGACGUCUUCUGCGAUGUACAAGACAGCCAAUUUGUGCAACCGCAAAGUUCUUAUCCCCUGCCACCAACCACGACGCCCCAGUAUGAGAUGGCCCCGCCACAAAGAACAUGGUCGGUUGUAGAGGUCGACGAAAAUGAAAAUGUUCAUUUGCGUCCAUUGCCGAAUCGAGUCCAGAACAACGACCUCAGCUUGCCGGGUACGAUCCAGUACCCAAUGUAUCGUCAAGUUCCGAACCAUGCAAGCCUUUGGUUCACAGGGCAAGUCAACCAGCUUGGGCAUCCGCAACGCUUCCACUUUAUCAGACCACCCGCGGUUCCCCCGUAUGAUCCCGUGGACACACAGAGAACUCCGUCGGUCAUUCAGCAACCCCCUCAGCAACUGAAUUCUGCUUUGCGUUUCACACCUGCUGUUUACAAUAACAACCCUGUAAUGACGGGUGUAGGCCGGCACCCAGCAGUUCCCCCUGAACCUAGCGGCCAAUGGCACGCUCCCCAAGGCAACCAGCUUGGGCUGCGACCCAUUCCAGUACACAAUACACCACCUCCAUCCAUUACGAUCGCACAGCGAUCGCCAGGAGUUAGUUUGCAACCUGUGCCACAGCCUGCAAUGGUGUCGCAAAAGGCUGGGCAACAGCACGCGGGCUACGGGACGCCACAUUUUCAAAUGGCUCCACCAUGCGUCAGUGAAAGUGAUCCGCAAACCGGACAAUGUGCGACAGGGUUACCUUUUGCGCAGCCGAUGGGAAAAGAGAGACUUCAGAAAGUCAUGGCGAGAUUGCAAGAAUACAGAUAUCAGAGUUUAAGGAUUCGUGAAAAUAUGUUGGAAAACACGCGCUCUAUUCUGCGGCAGCUGAAAGAUGGCGAUGGAAUGCAUUCGCAGGCGCAUACUACAGCGUCACCUUCCACGCAGUCAACGACAGAGCACAUUAUUUUGCAAGUUAUGGCAGUGGUAGAUGAUUACGGGUCUCGAGAAAAAAGGCUUUCUGAAGGGGUGUUCGAAUGUAUGUCGUCAUUCGCGAAGUCACUAGGUGGCUCUGAUGAAGCGUCUCCUCAAGCAACGUCAAAGCUCAACUCCGGAUCAAGCAGCAGCCGCCUGCGGGCAGCCAGAUACAGAAAUCGCGAGUAUAUUGUGGACGUUCAACAAAGGUUCGCGCAUGAAGAACAGUUGCGUGAACCGGGAGCAGCCACGGUUUCCACCGCAACCACUAGUGACCAUCACCGAAGCGAUAACCCCGGAAUGACCCGUGAGUGUGAUGCCCUUGCAUCGGCUAUGGCGCAACUGCAGCUGCAGCCAGUUCAGGAACAUCUUCAUAAUCCUGAAGAGCGGACAUCAGGGCCCAUGCGGCCAGUAGAUACGGGGUCAGCACCUGGCGCUACACCUGGCCGUAGAAGGCUCCAAGAAUUCCAAAGACUAUGCCCAUUGAACCCGGAAGCUAAACAAGACGACACUGUUGUCUCUCAGCCAGCUGUUUCGGCGGAGAGGCCACAACGUCAUCGGAGAAGACAAAGAGCACGCGCUUCGCAGCAUUGA